UCUAUCUUAUCGUUAAACACUUCCAAAUUGAGGUAAUUAUCUAUAAUUUACCCUUAUAAGCUGCUUUAUAACGAUCGGAAAGAGUUGCUAUUUCCAAAAACUGUUGGCCACCGCUCCAAAAAUCCAAUAUAAUUCCAACCUGUAGAACACGGACUCAUCAACCUUGGUACACCCCGUCGUGUGCACCACUUUAAACGGCGUCGUACUUCUACGAAGGAAAUCAAAUAACCGUUGGAUUUAAAUCUUUGCGCUUCACAGCGAAAGUGAUUAAAGCGAUUGCAAUGUACAUUUUCACGUGCGCGUCGCAACGCUGAAUUAUUGUCAAUUUUUUUUUUUGAAUAAUUUGCCAUUUGCUUCAUGCUUUCAUCCUCCUAGAGUCCUAGUUUUAAGCCGCACACGCAGGGGAGGAAACACCGGUAAAUAUCUUUCUGGCAGAGGAGAAGAAAACCAGAAAAUAGAGGCUUAACAAGAGAGAGUGAGAGGAAAGAGGGAGACGGGGAAAAUGGGCGGAGAGGACAAGCAUGAGGAAGAAGAGGAGGGAGUAAUGGCGACAGACUUCUUCUGGUCGUACACUGAUGAGCCUCAUGCUUCUAGGAGAAAACAGAUCCUCUCUCAAUAUCCUCAAAUCAAACAACUCUUUGGCCCUGACCCCUUGGCUUUCCUCAAGGUUACUGUGGUUGUUUCGCUUCAGCUUUGGACAGCCACAUUACUUCAUGAUGCUGGCUGGCUUAAGAUACUGGCAACAGCCUACUUCUUCGGCUCUUUCCUCAACCACAAUCUAUUUUUAGCAAUCCAUGAGCUGAGUCACAAUCUUGCCUUCUCAACUCCUGUUUACAACCGGUGGCUUGGGAUAUUUGCUAACCUACCUAUUGGUGUACCCAUGUCUGUAACGUUCCAGAAGUACCAUCUUGAACACCAUCGCUUCCAAGGAGUAGAUGGGAUUGAUAUGGAUAUCCCAAGCAGUGUUGAAGGCCAUCUUGUGACGAAUGUUGUCACAAAAUCUGUAUGGGUUAUCUUCCAACUCUUCUUCUAUGCUUUGAGGCCUCUGUUUCUCAACCCAAAGCCCCCAGGUUAUUGGGAGUUCAUCAACCUUUUUAUUCAGAUAGCUCUGGAUGUGACUAUGGUUUACUUUUGGGGUUGGAAAUCUUUUGCUUACUUGAUCCUUUCCACAUUUGUUGGAGGAGGGAUGCACCCCAUGGCUGGUCAUUUCAUCUCAGAACAUUAUGUCUUCAAGCCAGACCAAGAAACAUAUUCCUAUUAUGGACCCCUAAAUUUUCUUACAUGGCAUGUGGGGUACCACAAUGAGCAUCAUGAUUUCCCUAGGAUCCCUGGGAGCAAGCUUCACAAGGUGAAGGAAAUUGCACCGGAAUAUUAUGAAGGUUUAGAGUCGUAUAAAUCUUGGAGCCAAGUCAUAUACAUGUAUAUUAUGGACUGGACAGUUGGGCCCUACAGCCGAAUGAAGAGAAAGGUAUCAACGACUACCAAGAAAUCUGAAUAGGUGCGCUGCUCCCAUCUUUGUCAUUUCUUUAAUUUUUUUUCUCCUCCCUUGUUGGCAAAUGGGAUAAUGCUUUUUAUUCUUUAAGGGGAAAAAAAAAAAAAAAAAAAAAGGAGUCUGUAACAGUACGGAAUUUUUAUUGUAGUCUUAGGCUGAAAGGUUUAGUUGGUUAUUUAUUCUUCAUUUGCAGAGAGCUGGUCUAUCAGUCUGUUCCCAAAACACAAAACACCCCAAUGCUCUGUGCUUGUAUAUUUUAUGUCCUCUUAUUUCAUUUUUCACCCAUUAAUACUUGUUUGGAA